CGACAGGGCGUCAGUUUCACAGUUAGUUCGCACUGAUUCAUACAAACAACAGUCAGCUAACUCGCUUUCAGUACACGGAACUGCCAAAGACCAGUAGACAGCUGAACAUGGCUGAAGUUGAGCCACACGAAGGAGAGCAGGACCUUGAAAAGAAAAUCGAGGAGACGAGGCAGAGAUUCAACAAUGAGUUGCUCCAAGAUUCAACAGAGAAGUAUGACCCCAGGGACGUGGAAAGGCUUCAAACAGAUGACAGUCUGGUGGAGGGCUACCUGACAUGGAGGCUCUAUAAUGUUGAUGAUGCCUUGAAAAUGAUUGAUGAAAGUCUUCAUUGGAGAAAAGAGUAUGGCGUAAAUGACAUUAAUGAGAGCACUAUUCCCAGAUGGAUGUUCGAGACUGGGGCUGUCUACCUCCAUGGCUACGACAAAGAGGGCAACAAACUCUUCUGGUUUAAGGUAAAGCUGCAUGUCAAGGAUGCAAAGACAGUCAUAGACAAGAAAAAGUAUAUUGCCUUUUGGCUGGAGAGGUAUGCAAAGAAGGAACCUGGGAUGCCUCUCACUGUUGUGUUUGACAUGACGGACUCUGGGCUCAGCAAUGUAGACAUGGAGUUUGUGAAGUACAUCAUUAAUUGCUUCAAAGUAUUUUAUCCAAAGUUUUUAUCCAAAAUGAUAAUAGUGGAUAUGCCUUGGAUUCUGAAUGCUGCGUGGAAGAUUGUGAAGUCGUGGUUGGGUCCAGAGGCAAUCAGCAAACUUAGGUUUGCAUCCAAAUCUGAGGUCCAGACAUACAUAGGCCCCGAGUACCUGCCACCUCACAUGGGUGGAACGGAUCCCUUCAAGUAUAGUUACCCACCUCUUCCUGACGAUGACUUCCAAACACCCAUUUGUGACAACGGGCCCAUUCUUAGUGAUGAUGAGAGGGAGAGCAAAGAAGGUGACUUGGAUGUUAAAGAUGCCCUUGAGUCCAGCUUCACCUCAGAUGUUGUAGUAAAGCCCAAAAAGGUAAAUUUUCUGGAACAAAGUUUGAGGUCAGAGGACAAUGAUAAAGGAGAUGCAAGCGCCAGGACCAAAGGUGCCAGGAAGCCACUGACCACCUUCAAAGGUUCUCUGUUAGAUGUUAGCCCUGCAGAGGAGCUCAGCUUUGGUUCUGGAGAGACUGAAAAGAAAAGCUUAAUUAUCCUGAACAAUGUGGUCAAAAAUCAGGUGGCCUUUAAGGUGCGGACCACGGCGCCCGACAAGUAUAGAGUGAAGCCGAGCAGCAGCUGCUGUGAGCCGGGAGCUUCAGUGGACAUAGUGGUGUCACUACAUGGAGGUUCUCAGGCCUCUCCACAGGACAGGUUUCUGAUUAUGGCUGCGGAGAUGGAAAAUGCUGGAUCACAAGAUCUUUCACAGUUCUGGAAAGAAGUACCGAAAACCAAAAUCAUGGAACACAGAUUGCGCUGUCAUGUUCUGGAGAGUGCUAAACCAGCAAUUAAAACUUUUAAGGACAACCCAAUGGAGACAAUGCCGAGUGAGCAGCAGGAGUUAAAUAUAGCGCUAAUGCGAGUCACAGCCUGCACCUCACGGCUGGAGCAGAAGCUGAACAACACCCUGUGGUUGCAGAAGGUUCUCAUUGUGUUGGUGGUAGUCCUUGUGAUGCUAAACCUGCUGUGUCUUCACCUGCUGGGAACAGCUCAGCGGCCAUCUUGAUGUGCAACAGUACCCUCUCAGCUGUUUCUGUAAAUUCCGGAUACACAGUUCCAGCGGGGCCGCGUUUGACCUUCCUGAUUGGCGGUCAUCUGAUGUUUUCCCGCCCUUCCCACAAGCUGCUAUCAUGGAGAGUCAGCAGGGCUGACUUUAGGACAUGUGAGUUGUUGUGGAGUAAAACUAAAUGAAGAGAGAUUCUCUUUUUCUGACACAGUCAGAUUCAAUGAUGUGACAUCAAUUCCUUGGUGUUUUUUUGUUUUGUUUUGUUUUUGUUUUUUAAUAUUGCUCAUGGAAAAAUAUAAUUUACUAAAAUUAAUUGCAACAGUCACAAUAUGUAGAAAAUAUUAGUUAUUUUUGCAAACAUAUUGUAUAAUUUUUUACAUGAUAUAAAUAUAAACAAAAUAAACACCUUUGGUCACCUUAUCUAAUUUCAUUUGGCAUCAAAAGGCUUUUGUCUUUGUGAUCAGUUUAGGCAAAAAUAAGAGGGAAAAAGUGAACUUGUGGAGUUGAAUAUGCCAGCAUUUGACCAAAUAUAGAUCUUUCAGCCACUUAGCAGCCUUGUUUUGCAUAAAUAUUCAAGCUCCUUAAUAAACCCUCAUUAGUACAGAGGUGCCUAAUUGAAAACAUCGCAACAUAUGACCUCACUAAACUUCUCCACACUCCGAGCAAGGAGCCACAAGAGAUCUCUGUCUACACUAUCUCCUCAAUUUGUUUUAAUUACCCCAACACUGAACUAAACUAAAAUUACCAAAGCAAUUACUGGCGAGUGCAAGGACACGGCACAACCCACUUGUAGCUUAGUGGGAAGCGCUGAUAUCUAUAACAAGAUCCAGCUCGGAGCAAUCAGGAUGUGAGCCGCGGCGCGAGGAGUGAUCGCGGUUUGGUUAUUAGAUGUGUGCACAUAAGGGCUGCUUGGCUUUAACAACUUGCAGUUUGUGCACAGUCAGUGGUAGCUGCUUACAUUUUAGGAGUGAUUAGAAUUCUUCAUGCAUUAAUGAGUAAACUAAUCCUGCUUUCAUUAUGAACACUGGGCAGCUUUCACAUGCCACAAAAUAUUUAUUUAUUUAUUUAGUUUCCCUGCACAUGGCAUCGUGUUUUGUCAUCUCUAGCUUUUAAUAUUUUAGAGGUAACUCUAAAUACGCUGUCUUUCUUUACGUGAAAGCUUCGUGUAUGCGCGUUCUAGAAGGUAUAGGAUAGCUUUAAGCAAAUGUGCAUUGGAUGUAAAACUUGCAUCCCUGCUAGGAAAUGCAUUCUGCACUAUUUGGGUAAAAAGUGCCAAUGCACUUAAGAAAAAUGGAUAGAGGUUAAUGGAGUGCGUGCCUCUAGAGGGGAAAAAAGUAAAAGCUUUGGUAUCACACAUAGCUUGGUUGAUUUUUGGAGUGCAUCUGAGUGCCAUGCAGCACAUGACUGAACUCGGGAAAUAUUUCAGAAGAACAGCAAAUAGUCCAAAAAAAGCCAGGAUGACUGGAGUGGGAAAUUAUUCAAGUGGUCAUAUGACGGUGAUUCCCAGACAGACUUGCCUCACCUGAUUUUCAAGAUAUCACUAAUUGCAAGCUUUGGAUAUUGUAUGUUUUGUUUUUUUUCCAGCAGCUGCAGAAGACAGAAACUCCUCCGUAGCAUUGAUUUCACAUUAAAGAUCAGUUAAAUCGAAACUGGGUGUGCAUGCGUGCGUGUGUGUGUGUUCCUGGCCCCGGGCGCUAAUGCAGUGUUUGAGGGGAUGACGAUUUAAUUCGGGCGCUGUAUUGGGACAGAGGGAUCAAUGGGGAGUUAAUGAGUGCUGCAUUCAACAAGAAGGCUGUGGGUGAAUUGAAUAAAAUCAUGUUGAUGUCCAGAGGUGAAGGAGCAGCACAUUCUGCUCCUUCAUCAUCUCUAAAUGACCUGUUGAAAUCAAUGCUUAUGAUACAGUGGCAUUACUCAUUUCCAAUAAAAAUGAUAGAUGCAUAAAAUGCAUCCAUAUCCCAGUCA